UGUUAACUUUAUGCAUGCUGGAGUUAACCCGGUAGCUGACAGACCCCUCUGACGGGAUGAAUGCUGCAGGCCAGGAAAGGGAAGCCCUGCCUGGGAGCCCUGCCUAGCGAGAGUGGCUCUGGGUGCCAGCAAGCCCCUCAGAGAAUCUGGAAUGGCUUAGACGCGGCGCCACAGGACUCUGCAGGCCCAGCGAUGAUGAUGGGGAAGGUUCCUUCAUUCUCCCAUGGCUCCGCAGUGAGCUCCAUUCUGUCCGGCUACCUCGCGCUCUGCCUCGCUCUGCAGGUUCUCAGGCUGGCCUCAGCACAGUUCACAGUGAGGGGACCUGACCGUCCACUUGCUGCCUCCCUACGUGGGGUGGCCAUCCUGUCCUGCCACCUCUCCCCCAGCAUGAGCGCUGAGAACAUGGAGGUGAGAUGGUUCCGGUCCCAGUACUCUGCAGUCGUGCACCUGUACCGCGACGGGCAGGAUCAGUACGUGCAGCAAAUGCCAGAAUAUCGAGGGAGAACGGAGCUCUUGAAAGACGAUAUCAGCAGUGGGAGAGUUUCCCUGAGAAUAUACGACGUCCGACCCUCUGACCAUGGGCAGUACACGUGUUAUUUUCAGUCCAGUGCCUCUUACGAAGAAGCUUUAUUGGAACUACGGGUGGCAGAUUUGGGCUCUGAUCCUGACAUCUCUGUGGAGGGACAUCAGGAUGGAGGGAUCCGGCUGGUGUGUCAGUCAUCUGGAUGGUACCCACAGCCUGAAGCUGAGUGGAGAGACCAGCAGGGGCAGCUCUUACCAUCAGCCUCAGAAAGCAGCUCCCAAGCAGCUGGUGGCCUGUUUCAAACACAGACUGCCAUGGUUCUAACAGACAUGUCCAUCCAGAAAGUGUCCUGCCGCAUCAGGAACCCCCAACUCAACAAGGAGAGAGAGUCAGCGAUUUCCAUAGCAGGGCUGUUUUUCCCGAGGGUCAAUGCCUGGAUGGUGUCUGUGUGGGUGAUCCUGGCUCUCCUGGCUGGCCUCAUUGCUGUGGCCAGUUACUACUUCUGGAAGGUGUACAGAGCAAAAGAGACCCUGCGAUCUGCCCGGGACAGCGAGAAAGAGACCCUGCUGUCUGACUGGAAGGAGGAGAAAGAGAAACUGCGCUCUGCCAUGAAGCAGCAGAAAGCUGACUACGAGGCAAUGAAAGAGCUGGGACUCAUGAGAGCCCGAGGAUACGCAGUGGACGUGACUCUGGAUCCAGACACGGCUCAUCCCAACCUCGUCCUGUCUGAGGGUCGGAAACGUGCGACAUAUGGAAACACGCGCCAGGCUCUGCCCAACACCCCUGAGAGAUUUGAUCCUUCUCCCUGUGUGCUGGGCACCGAGGGGUUCACGGGUGGGAGGCGUUACUGGGAGGGGGAGGGGGUGGGGGACAAGACUGAGUGGUACCUGGGGGUUUGCAGGGAAUCUGCGAGCAGGAAGGCAUCGUUCAGAACCACACCCAGUGAUGGAUACUGGGCCGUGUGGCUGAGUUAUGGCAAAUAUCAGGCCUGCACCUCUCCUUUGACCCCCCUCCCCGUGAGUGCCAAGCCUGCCCGGGUGGGGAUUUUCCUGGACUACGAGGCAGGCGAGGUCUCGUUUUACAAUGUGACUGACAGGUCCCAGCUCUUCAUGUUCACCGACACCUUCUCUGAGACGCUCCGUCCCUAUUUCCACACUGGUUACAAUGCAGCUCCUCUGACCAUCUAUCUGGUCCCAGCACAGACCGGAGAGACUGGCAGUACCACGAGCUGAAUCUCUCACCUCCAGCUGCCCUGGGUCGCGUUACCACAGAGCUGCACCAUGAGACACUUGCCCAUUGACUCCUCUUGG